UUCCAUGGGCUGUGGAGACUUCACAGCCUUCGCGGACUAUCGGUUCUGUCGGCUCUCAACCUCAUAUGCACUGGAGCACUGGUACCGCCCCACACUCGGACAUAGCCCAGCCGACCGCUACCGUAGUUGUUGGUGAUGAAGGGAAGCUGGUCUUCUCUCCUUCAUACUUGAAUGCUUCUAUUGGCACUACCAUCUCAUUCAAUUUUCUCGCACUCAACCAUACGUUAACGCAGAGUCGGUUCCAGGACCCAUGUGUAAGCAAUGGAGGCUUUGAUUCGGGCUUCCACCAAUUCAAUCCAAGUAACAUUAGCGGCAAAUUUGUGGUCGAAUACAAAGUCACGAGCGACAACCCACAAUGGUUCUUCUGUGCCCAGAUAGCCCCGCGCGCACACUGCAAAGCAGGCAUGGUGUUCAGUCUCAAUCCCCGUGGUCUUCAAUCUCAAUUCCUUUUCCAAGCAAUGGCAAAGACGACGUCGGCUACUCCAUCACAUGAGCAAUCAUCCGGCUUGCCAACACUGUCAACGGUUCCGAUCGUUUCUGUUGCACCACCCAUGGCCAAUCGAACUGUACCCCUUCCAACGGAUGUGAGACCAACCGCGUCAUUGCCGGUAUUCUCGAGCAUUGGUAAUAGCGUUGUUGCAAGUCGCGCGAUGAUGUGGUCGCUUUCUAUAGUUAUCGCAAUGUUGUAGAUAGUGCUCAAGUAAAGAAGAAAUUCCAAAUAC